CAAAAGGGCUCGCAGAGUAUAGAACGCGUGUAGCAUCAUGGUUGCAUAGGUAAGAGAAAGGUAAUUUUUGUAAGAGGUGCGCCGUGGCUCGGAAAAUUAUAAAUUGGAAACUCUAAUUUUACAUGAUUUUUAAGUAAAUUGUUGUUUUGUUUAAGUCAGGUCUUAUUAUUUUAUUACCUUAUCCUUGUUAUCAUUUAACCGACGCCCUGGAUCGCCCAAAAAUGCCCAAUAUCAAGAUUUUCAGCGGCAGCUCUCAUCAGGAUCUCUCCCAGAAGAUAGCGGACCGCCUGGGUCUAGAGCUGGGGAAGGUCGUGACCAAAAAGUUCAGCAAUCAAGAAACAUGUGUUGAAAUUGGUGAAAGUGUGCGAGGGGAAGAUGUCUAUAUUGUUCAGAGCGGCUGUGGUGAAAUCAAUGACAAUUUGAUGGAGCUUCUCAUCAUGAUCAAUGCAUGCAAAAUCGCUUCAGCCUCCCGUGUGACCGCAGUCAUCCCCUGCUUCCCGUACGCCCGCCAGGACAAAAAGGACAAGGUGGGGAGUCGAGCUCCCAUCUCUGCCAAGCUGGUUGCUAACAUGCUGUCUGUGUCUGGAGCAGAUCACAUCAUCACUAUGGACUUGCAUGCCUCCCAGAUCCAGGGUUUCUUUGAUAUCCCAGUGGAUAACCUCUAUGCAGAACCAGCAGUGUUGAAAUGGAUCAAAGAAAACAUCCCAGAGUGGAAAAACUGUACCAUUGUCUCUCCAGACGCUGGGGGUGCCAAAAGGGUCACUUCCAUUGCUGAUCGUCUAAAUGUAGACUUUGCUCUAAUUCACAAAGAAAGGAAGAAGGCCAAUGAGGUGGAUCGCAUGGUUCUAGUAGGCGAUGUAAAGGACCGGGUUGCUAUUUUGGUGGAUGACAUGGCUGACACCUGUGGGACCAUCUGUCAUGCUGCUGACAAACUUCUGUCUGCAGGUGCCACAAAGGUGUAUGCAAUCCUCACUCAUGGCAUCUUCUCAGGCCCAGCCAUCUCUCGCAUUAACAAUGCUUGCUUUGAGGCGGUCGUUGUCACCAACACCAUCCCACAGGAGGACAAGAUGAAGCACUGUCCUAAAAUACAGGUCAUAGAUAUAUCGAUGAUUCUGGCAGAAGCAAUCCGCAGGACACACAACGGCGAGUCUGUCUCUUACCUGUUUAGCCAUGUCCCUUUGUAACAUCACUGAGUCCUGGUGCUUCAGUGCAGCCAGUUUUACCGAAAAGGAAAACUGAUUCUCCUUGCAGUGCCUGCAAUGCAAAUCCCUGAAAACCCAAACAAGACUAUGGGAUUGACUCCAGCUGGCCUGUCCCACUUACCUGAUCUUUCUCGCUCUUCCCCCCCCCCCCCCCCCCCCCCUCCCCUUAAGGUUAAUGUUCUCCUUCCUUAGAACUGCUUGUCUAGUCAGCGAGUUGUGAACUGUGCAGUUUUCCUUAGAAGCAAUACAUUUUCGCACUUGGGCAUGCUAUUGCAGUCGAUGAUGGAAGAGUGCUGUUUCUGUGGAUGAAGAGCGAGGAUGAAUAGUUUUCUAGAGCUUUCCUUAAGCUGUCAACCUGAUCCUAUUUUAUCCCUUUUAUUUGAACCAGAUGUUUAAAUUCUGUUUUUAAAUGUCAUUUGAAGAAAGGGGAGAGGGUGGGGGCUGGCUAGUUAGUGCAAGGUAAUAUGCUUUCUAUAGUUGACUGAACAUGGAAUUUAAUGCCACCAGGUGGCAGCAACACCAAAAUGUUUGCCUUAAUGUUUAAGUGUGACAUAUCAAAUCCUCAGUCUAAUAUAUAAAUAGCUUGGUGAUUUUCUCCCCCCCAAUUCCCCAUGGGUGAAGAUGCCCAAAUAGAGCGACACACUGCUUCAGACUCUUCAUAUUGUGUACUGUUACUCCUAUUGUCUUAUUGUUUGUGUGAUUUACAUGUUGGAUUCAUUUUGUAGUCUCUUUAUAAACUGUUACAGUGGAUGGGGCAUGCUAAUUUAAUUUAGCCCUUGCAUUGACUUUAAUGUGUUCAAUGAAGUACUAGUUCCAGUGACGUGUCCCAACUCCACCAAUGUGAGGAUUUAAGCUUAAUGUGUCCCAUACCAAAGGGGCUUUUGGAAUGUACUGUGUUUUAGUGGAACAUUAAAGUCAUCAGUGUUAACAAAA